AUGAAGCUCGCAGGUCGACUUCCCGGCGGUCUUGACACUCAUGCCAAGAUUGUCUCAGAGAAGAUCCGCGGUCACUCCUCCGAAUCCGAGAACCAAGAAUCCGUGUCUUUCAGUCCUCCGGAUGUAGUAAGAGCACUAGCAGAGUCUGGGAAUGUAGGCGACCAGACUCUGAAACCAAUAGCGGACGGGGUGGUGUGUUACAAAUCUGUCCUGAAUUCGCAGAGUGUCCCCGACCUCAACCCAUGUCUUGUUGCCACUAGGGCCGGAGCUCCUGGCUCUUUAGAAAAAGACUUCACCACCAAGGGCACUCAGGGGAAUCUGCACUGCCCAUUCGCAAAAUCCAAGAUUAUGCCAUCUCAGAAUGGGAUGGCUAAUGGGAUUGAGAAUCCUUUCAAGAUCCAGAAUGGUGACUCGUGUGGACACGAAAGUUUAGACCCCAUAAAGGCUGAACGAAAUGAUAGACAUUCUAGUCAGACUCCUUCGACACAAACACGAAAUACCCCGAAGCCAUGCUAUUUGUGUCCAACGUUAUCAAAAGGAUUCUCAUAG